AUGAUGGAAGACGGAUGGACGGAAGUGAGGCGGCGUAAAAUGGGAGUGGCGUCCGAUGGGAACACGACGGAGGAAACCACUUUCUUUGUUACUAACAUACCAAACGGCGCAACAAAAGCAGAAUUCAGGAAAAUCUUUUCUCAAAUGGGAAGAUUAUCAGAUAUCUACUUCGGGAGGAAUAUAGGGAAGAACGGGAAAAACUACGGCUUCAUACGGUUCAUCGGGGUAUCCGACGCCAAAGCUUUGGAAUUGAAACUGAACGGUGCUACAUGCAGGAACAAUAAACUUGAGAUUAGCGUUGCAAGGCAUGGCCGGAAAACACCUCCAUUACCUCCGGGGAAAAUAAAUCAGAAUCCAAGAACUGUCGUGCCCCUGGGACAAAAUACCAGUAUCCAUGGAGGUGGAUUUACCGACCACAGAAUAUAUGCUCAGGUUACUGGUCACUUCAAUUCAAGGCAGCCCAACAAGAACAUUCACCAAACAACUGCUCCGAUCCGCUUGCACACCGACGACGGCAUAGAUUGA